AUGAUCGAGCUUGUUGGUUCUCAUACCGCAUCCAUUCAAAAAUUGGAGAUGCAAAUGAGAGACCUCUCUAGGGAACAAAAUCCUAAGCAAAAAGGGACACUUCGAAGUGACACAAUUGCGAACCCCAAGGGUAGUGGAAGUGGUCCACCUUCUCAUGUCAUGGCAAUUAAUACUCGGAGUGGAAAGGUACUACAAGGAGGGAGUGAACAAGUGGUUGAAGUUGAAGAGUCCGAACAUGAAGUUGAGGUUGAAGAGCCAAGGGUUGUUAAAGUUGAAAAGGUUUCGGAAGAGUGGAAACUGCAACAAGAAAACCGGGAUGAGGUAAAGGAAAAGAAAUUAUCGGUGAAUAUUCCAUUUGUUGAAGCAUUUCAAGAGAUGCCGGAUUUUGCUAAAUAUUUAAAAGAUUUGAUCACAAAGAAGAGAACCACCAAAAAUGAACUGGUGAAUGUGACUCACCGGGUUAGUUCUAUCAUUGCAACAUCUACCGUUCAAAAGAAAGAAGACUCAGGAGCUUUCACCAUUCCUUGUACUAUUGGGGCACAUGAUUUUGCAAGUGCCCUUUGUGAUAAUGGGUCUAGCAUCAACUUGAUGCCUCUUGCCAUUUACAAGCAAGCAGGGUUAGGUACGCCAAGGACUAAAAGUAUGAGAUUGCAAAUGUCCAAUCAUUCCAUAAAGAGACCGGUGGGAAUUGUUGAUGAUGUACUUGUUAAAGUGGGAAAGUUUCAUUUACCCGCCGAUUUCGUAAUUCUUGAUUGUGCGGUUGACAAAGAGAUCCCUAUCAUUUUGGGGAGACCAUUCCUAGACACAGGAAGAGCACUAAUGGAUUAG